AUGGCUUUUGAAAGAAUGAGGCAACACAAGUUGAAAAUGAAUCCCUUAAAGUGUGCCUUUGGGGUUUCGGCUGGAAACUGCCUGGGUUUCCUGGUUCAUCAAAGAGGUAUUGAGUUAGAUCAAAAUAAAGCAAAGGCGAUUAUUGAAGCGAAGCCACCAACCACUAAGAAAGAACUACAAAGAUUUCUUGGUCAGGUUGGAUAUUUAAGGAGGUUCAUUGCCAACCAUGCUGGAAAGACACAUGUUUUCUCACCAUUGCUGAAGUUAAAGGGUGCUGAGGAAUUCAAGUGGACGGAGCUGCACCAGCUAGCCUUUAAGGGUUUGAAAAGCUACCUAGCUAACCCUCCAGUAUUGAUGCCUCCAAUCAAGAAGCGGCCUUUAAGAUUAUACUUAUCAGCUUCUGAGGAGUCCAUCGGAUCUCUCCUAGCUCAGAAUAAUGAAUGGGGGAAGGAACAGGCCAUUUACUACUUAAGUAGGGUGCUUACUCCAGUGGAAUUUGAGAACCUACAUGUUGCCAGUGGCCGUGUAUAUAAUUUCUCAAACAAAUUUGAUCAAGUAUAUGCUUUCCAGGCCUUUGAUCACUGGACGUAUUGGAAAGUGGUCAUUGGCUAUAUUCCACAAAAAGCUGUUAAAGGAAGGGCGGUGGUAGAAUUUCUAGCAGAUCAUCUUUCCACCAAUAUUGAUUUAGAAGUAUGUGACAAGGUGGACAAUCUUUACCUUGAUUACACACCUUGGACACUCAUGUUUGAUGGAUCAAGCACCCAUGAUGGAGGAGGAGCUGGAAUAGUCAUCAUUUCUCCAAAAGGAAGGAAAACCACAUUUUCUUUCUUCUUGGAUUUCAAAUGUACAAACAACCAAGCUGAGUAUGAGGCACUAAUUAUUGGGCUGGAAAUUCUGUUAGAGUUAAAGGUGGAGAAGGCUAAUGAUCUAGCACAAUUAGCCUCUCGAGUGGAAGUCCCACUGGGUGUAGAAGAGACAUUGAUCACAAUCAAAAGGAGAGUUCUUCCUUCGGUAGAGUCACGAUAUGAGGUGGCAGGUCAUUCCCAAUCUGACGAGCCAGAAAAAAUCAAACUUGCUAAAAAGACAUGGGAGAUUUUCAAUAUUGAUAUGGAUGGAUUAAACUUGAAGGACUGGAGGACACCAAUUAUCCAAUUCUUGCAGGAACCUAGUUCCAAAGUGGACAAGAGAAUUCAGCUUUUGGCACCACAUUACAUUCUGAUUGAUGAAAAUCUCUACAAGAAGAGUAAAGAAGAUGGACUUUUGUUAAGAUGCCUUGGCAAGAAUGAAUCCAUGAGGGUGAUGACAGAAUCCCACCUUGGAAUAUGCGGAGCCCAUCAAGCUGGAAUCAAGAUAAGGUGGCUUCUUAGAAGGUUUGGAAUUCCAGAGACUAUCACUACUGACAGAGGUCUUUCCUUUGUUAGCAGUAAGGUCUUGGAUUAUUGUGCUGAGUGUGGUGUCCAAGUAAUCAGUUCUACCCCAUAUUUUGCACAAUCAAAUGGGCAGGCAAAAGCUUCCAACAAAGUAAUUCUCAACAUUCUCGAAAAGAUGAUGGAGAAUCAUCCAAAGGAAUAG